AUGCCAAUACCAACACGGUCGCUCUCUUUACGCGAACCUCAAAGGAGGAAACAAGCGGUCAACGGGGAUUCAAGGUCGUCGUCACCCACCAAGCAAUCGCAACUACCACGUUCAAGUUUACGGCGGUUGACCACGAGCGCAGAGAUACAGAGUGACGCCAGCACUGGACUUGGAAUUGGAUAUGGAAACGGAAACGGAAAUGGAAACACAAGUGGGAACGCAAAUGGGAAUGGAGUCGCAGAGAAGAAAAGCUUCUUGCCACAGAGACGAACGCUUCCGAGACCGCAGAGUUUACAGAUACCGCAUGCAACAGUGCAGAGUGCUCGAUUGAAGCAGCCUGAGAGUCGAUUGGAGAUAAAAUCUACGAAACCCAAGCCAGCACCGGCGCCGACACCGACACCAACGCCGUCAGACGGUGUGAGAUCACGUCCGUCGUCCAGGUCGAGAUCCCCUACGAAACCGGAACCGAAACGAGCCCUUGCCAGACCUCCUGGUGCCGCGCCCCUGGCGAGAUCAGUACGCUCUUCGUCGCUGCUACACCCGCCCGCACCGAAACUGGUUACUCCCGCCUCACAUUCGCGACAUCGUAGUCAGAUCAUCAACUUCGACGCAGUGAAAUCAAGGCCGGCAGGCAGCAGACCUAGCUCCUUCCAUCCCUCAACAUCAAAGCUUUCAGCGGCGCCACUAUCAACCUCCCCAUCGAAAUAUUCAGCAACUCCAUUAUCGAAAUCACCAUCGAAGUAUUCAGCAGCUCCAUUACCAUCAUAUCAAGCGCGAUUUGGACUUAAGAAACCUACAAAAACCAACACUCAUUCGCCCGAGACGGUUUUUGAGAACCCUAACCCUAGCCCUUCCCCUACGCCUACACCUACACUUACGCCUAUAGAGGAUCAAUUGCCUCCUGAACAAACACUCGCGUUACAAACCGAACUUCUCCAGCUGCACGUUUUGCACUCACAGGGUCUUCAGACGAAGGCAAAAUGGGAAGCAAAUGCGGAAAAACAUUAUAGGAAAUUACACGAAUCUGUAAAGGCGAGUUAUCGCCGAGAACAGGAGAAACACCGGUACCGGAAUUUUCAGGCCGUAAAGAGGUUUGAAGAGAAAUCGGCAACUUCAAGCAGCGGGCAUGACUUUGCUAUACAAAUAGGGAUAUUAUCGCGUGUUAUCCAGGAGGUUACGCAUCUCACGGAGUCGGAAGAUAGCCAGUAUAAUACUGUCGUUGGAGUGUUUGAAGAAUGGACACAACAUGUCACCAAGCUGAAGCAGAGCAGGCAGCUAAAAGGCGACGACGAUGACGUGAACAGUGACAAGGUCUUACUGAACGCCGACGAAGACGGAGAUCUGCAAUUCAUUGAACCUUUACCCUUGCAGUGGAAGGAAGAUAUCGCGGCCCUAUCUAUGCAGCUGUCACAGCUUUCAGGCAACCUUGAUGAUCUGGAUAUACCCAAGCCUGGCGCGGAUAAGGAUAAAUACGGCAAGGAGAUAGACUAUUCGGAUUCUGCGCUCGUUGGGACUGUGACGGGGCAUAAAUCCCUGGUAGCCUCGAUGGCAGAAGAGUUGGAUAUGAUUCAUCGUAUUGAGAUGGAAGUAAUGGAGUUUGAAAUCUUGUGGAUGGAGCGCGCGUUGGAGAGUGUUGGAGGUGCGGCGGAGGUAUGA